AUGGCUGACAACUCACAGAAGAUGAGCUACCACGCUGGCGAGGCCAAGGGCCAAGCUCAGGAGAAGGCCAACACAAUGAUGGACAAGGCCGGAAAUGCGGCACAGUCCGCCAAAGAAUCGAUGCAGAAUGCGGGAGGACAGAUGCGGGCAAAAGCAGAGGGAGCUGCCGAAGCUGUCAAGGAUGCCACUGGCAUGAACAAAUGA